UGUAAUUAUAACGCCAACGCCAACUUUCAUAAGCUUAACCAAUCAGAAUUUGAGGAUAAUACAAUAUAUAUAUCCUAUCUAUGCGAAAAUUAAAAAUAUUCAAGCCUUUUUUAUUUAUUUGCUGGCAAUAUAAAAAAAAUGGCUUAUCAACGUACUAUUCUUCCGCUCUAUUACAACCCAGGCCUUUCACCAUGCAGCAGGACUGUAUGGUUUCUUACUGGGUUUCUUUUUGGUUCUUUGGUUGUGUUGGCCUUUGGAAGGCCAUCACUUUUUUAUGAUUUCUUUAAUUUUCUUUUUACUUUAUUUUAUUUAGUUUUAGAUUUUUACAAAUCAGAAACUGGACAACAAAUAGUUAUUUAUAUCAAAAAACUAUACAAUAACUAUUCGGACUUCUGCUCUAUAAGGAACUUGAAAGAACUAAUGGAAAGGGGAGAUCACAUGGUACCUUCCCUUUUCAUUUGGAUUUUUCAAGAAUAUCCUGAAUCAGCUGGACGUUUUUUCAGAAGGUUUGAUCUGAUUGUACUUAAUGUGAUAUAUAAGAAAAUAUCAGAUUACCUUUUGGAUUGUGCAGCUGAUUUCUUACUUCCUAACUGGAUAUUUCUCAAAGACUGGAUGAGGGGUAUGGCUAAAAAGGUAAUGAUUUAUGUAUAUACUAAAUUUAUUAUUUCUCGCAUUUUUUCUUCUAGGUUACCAAGUAUUUUUAGAAAGCAUAAAUUAACUCCUGAGGACAUGGUUUAAAUGUAUCCUUUUCUUUAAUAGAGCAGAAUUGUCCAGUUUCUGAUUUUUUUUUAUUUUAUUUUGCCUAUUAUUCGUUUGAUACCUGGCUUACGAUUGGGGCAGCAUCCAGG